GGACCAGCUGGAGACAUGGAUGAACGGCGGCCCAUCCUCCUGGUCUUACUCUUAAUAUCCAUACCCAAUGCCCUACUCGCCGCGCGAUCAACGCCCCCUGCCAAAUCCGACGCCUUCACGCCCCCCGACAACUACCUCUUCGACUGCGGCAGCCCCACCCCCACCACCACCCCCGGCAACCGCGUCUUCGUCGGUGAUUCCGAAGCCGCCAAAUUUCUAGCCUACGGCGGCACCCCCAUCGCCGCCGCCGCACCGCAGCCCGACCCCACCGUGCCCUUGCCGAUCUACAACACCGCCAGCGUCUUCGACAAUGUCGCGACGUACACGUUCCACGUGACCCGACCCGGAUGGCACUGGAUCCGGCUCCACUUCGCUCCCAUUCAGAACAACGCCGGGAAGGAUCUCAAAACCGCGAAAUUCAGGGUGACGACUGAGCGCCUCGUGUUGAUACAGAGCUUCGAGAACCCCAAUGCCACGUGGAGCAUGAGGGAGUUCCUCGUCAACGUUACCACGGAACGCUUUUCCGUUAUGUUCACCCCCAACACCGGCAGCUUCGCCUACAUCAGCGCCAUCGAGUUCACGUCCGCGCCGGAUAUCUUGCUCGCCAAUAACGCCGCCGCCGUUUUCCCCAAGGGAGAUUAUUCUGGGCUGUCCAACGUCGCGUAUCAGACGGCGUACCGGCUCAACUCCGGCGGCCCCUUGAUCACGCCGCAGAACGAUACCCUAGGCCGGAGUUGGGAGCCCGAUCAGCCCUACCUCGACCCCAAAUUUAUGGGCUCCGCCGCCUCCGUCCAGCCUAACGUCAUAACCUACCCCGAGGGCGAGUCGCCGCUCAUCGCGCCGCCUAUGGUUUACGCCACCGCCACCCAGAUGGCGGACGCUAAUGUUCAGGUUCCUAAUUUCAACAUUACAUGGAGAAUGAAGGUCGACAAAACAUUCCAGUAUUUCAUUCGCCUCCACUUCGCCGACAUCGUGAGCAAGGCCGCGAACGAACUCUACUUCAACGUGUACCUCAACGGGAGGGCAGCCAUCACGGGCCUCGAUCUAACGACGGUGGCUGGCGGCCUGAGCGCGGCCUAUUUUGCGGACUUCGUGUUGAACUCGAGCAUGGUGACGGGCCUGGAUCCAUUGACAGUCCAAGUAGGGCCGAUGAGCCAAAACGUGGGCACCAGAAAUGCCCUUCUCAAUGGCAUUGAGGUGUUCAAGAUGAACAAUUCCGUAGGCAGUUUGGAUGGAGAGUUUGGCGUCAAUGGUGAAAGGCUCGACGGCAACGGCGUGAACGGAACGGUGGCCGCCGUGGGGUUCGCGAUGAUGUUCGGUGCGUUCAUCGGAUUAGGCGCGAUGGCGAUGAAGUGGAAGAAGAGGCCUCAAGACUGGCAGAAGAGGAACAGCUUCUCUUCGUGGCUGCUACCCAUUCACGCAGGAGAUGCGAGCUUUUUGUCCGGCAGCAAGACUUCUUUAGGGUCGAGAAAAAGCCAAGUUUUCUCGUCCACCAUGGGCUUAGGCCGAUAUUUCUCUUUUGCUGAGCUGCAGGAGGCCACCAACAACUGGGAAUCCACCGCCAUCAUCGGCGUUGGCGGCUUCGGAAACGUGUAUCUUGGAACCAUCGACGACGGCCUAAAAGUGGCGGUGAAGCGGGGCAAUCCGCAGUCGGAGCAGGGGAUCAACGAGUUCCAGACGGAGAUCCAGAUUCUAUCGAAGCUCAGGCAUCGCCAUCUAGUGUCGUUGAUCGGCUACUGCGACGAGAACGCUGAGAUGAUCCUUGUCUACGAGUUCAUGGCCAACGGACCUCUCAGAGACCAUCUUUACGGAAAGGAUCUCCCCACAUUACCAUGGAAGCAGAGGCUGGAGAUAUGCAUCGGCGCUGCUCGAGGUUUGCAUUAUCUUCACACAGGGGCGGCUCAGGGCAUCAUCCACCGCGACGUCAAGACCACAAACAUCUUGCUCGACGAGAACUUGGUGGCCAAGAUGGCCGAUUUCGGGCUCUCCAAGGACGCCCCGGGGGCGGAGCAGACGCACGUGAGCACGGCCGUCAAGGGCAGCUUCGGGUACCUGGACCCGGAGUACUUCCGGAAGCAGCAGCUGACGGAUAAGUCGGACGUCUACUCCUUCGGGGUGGUGCUGCUGGAGGCGCUCUGCGCCCGCCCCGCCAUCAACCCUGCAUUGCCCAGGGAGCAGGUGAACCUGGCUGAAUGGGCAAUGCAGUGGAAGAGGAAGGGCCUCCUCGACAAGAUCAUCGACCCCACGCUGGUGGACCACAUCAGCCCCGAGUCCAUGGCCAAAUUCGCCGAGGCUGCUGAGAAAUGCCUAUCGGAGUACGGGGUCGAUAGGCCCACCAUGGGCGACGUGCUCUGGAACCUUGAGUACUCGCUCCAGAUGCAGGAGUCGUGGUUGCAGGAGCACGGAGUCGUGGCGGGGGAGGUUGGAACAACAACAACCCCGCCUUCGCCUCACGUUGUGGUCUCCACUGGCAUCGAGGAAUCUGCUCCUGCAGCUGCGGUGGUGACCGCAGCAGAUCUCGUGCCGCCCUCCACGAUUGAGGAGGGCAGACCUGCGGGUGAAGCUGAAGACCACGAGCACUCGGGAACUGCCAUGUUCGCACAGUUUGCAGCUCUCAAUGGCCGCUAGAUGUUACACCAGACCAGAUCCUCUCUUGUAAAUUUUACUUCUCUAUAUCAUCAAAUACAUGCCGUGUGUAAAUGGAUAGAUCCUGCAUUCUAUACUAUUGCAUUGACUUAACUUUAUAUGGGUUUCUCUGUAUGCUCAUUCUUACCAUUAAUUAUAUGAAACCAGUACUGAUAGGUGGGGAACGCAGCCAUACCAUCUUUCUGUUCA